GAUCCCAGGACUGGACGAGAAAACCAACCAAGAUGUCCUUCCAGCGUGUCCUUGCAUCGGUUUUCCUAGUCCUGGGUUGCGCGCAGUGGAGCGCGGCCCAGGGGCCUUAUCCAGGUCAGAUCAAGAACUUGGUGACCUUCGGGGAUUCCUACAGUGACGUUACUUCUGGACAGGGCGAUCCAGGAGACAACGCCACUGCCUGGCCCGUCUAUGCAGCCAUGUAUGGCGACUUCACCUUGUAUCCGUACGCGAAAUCUGGCGCAACAUGCUCAAACUAUCUUACCCCACGUCUGUUCCCUUCCGUGUUUGAAGAUGAACUGCCGCUCUACUUCACCGAGCGUGAGAAUGGUUCCCUCGUGCUGGAUCCGACGGAUACGAUGUACACACUCUGGAUUGGAACAAACGAUGUCGGGGUCACCCUGGUAGACACUAUUGGUUGCGCGGUGGACUGGGUGAAGGUGCUGUAUGGCGCUGGAGCGCGGAACUUCGUCGUGCAGAACAUGCUCCCACUGCAAUUGACAAUUCUGUACUCCGCGUACUCAUAUCCCAACCGAUACUGGACAGAACAACGUAACACGACCGAAUGGAAUGUCUUCAUGACAGAAAUCACCAACACUGGCAACGCUUUGUCUGCUGCGAUGCUCUCGGCCUUGACGCCGACACUGGCGGGUGCACACCUCGGCAUUUUCGACUCGUAUGGGUUAAUCUCGGACGUAUAUGCUCACCCGCAGAACUACCUGAACGGCUCGGCAUCCUAUAACGUCACUGGAUGUAUCAACUCGUGCGCGUACCAGCUGAAUGAGAGCACCGCUGGCCCUGUUACAUGUGAUGUCACGGAGGGCACGGCGCGCGAUAGCUUCAUGUGGUACGACGAGUUGCACCCUUCAGAGCAGACAGAUAGAGUCAUCGCCAGGGAGAUUGCUGCUGCGAUCGUACGCAACUCAAGCACUUGGAUCGACUGGUUGAUCUAGACGGCUUAAGGGUCGUCUUCGAUUCUCGGAUGAAUCGUCUUGCUUUCCUUCGUAGACAUGUAUCAUUACUUGGGGUGACGGGGAUUUGGGAGAGUUUCCGCGAACAGUAGACAACCAUGCUCUGGUUGAGUCCGGGUAUGGCCAUGCGCACGGAGAAAGAGGCGGUAUGGACUGAGCAAAGCAGAGAUUUAACACCAGAGUGAGCUGUAUGCCUCUGUAAUUUGCGAGGUGAAUGACCGCAUGAGGCUGCCAGGGGUGUCAUCGCAGGACCUGGCAUCAUGGAUGUCGCAACGUUGAGCAUCAAGUGGCAGCGAAGCUUG